CAUGAAUGUAACAAAUACUAUGAUUAUUUUCAUUUCUUGUCCUAUUGACUUGACUCCCAUCGUGUCUGCUGGCAAACUAAGUUUGCAGUGACAUGCAACUGAAUGCAUUCAUGCAUGACACGUGUGUGCAGCUAUGCAUGACCAGACAUGUCUGAACAUGUCUGUGUGAAGUCAUUAACCUUUGACUAUAAAUAGUCAUGUAGAACAAUGAUUGUACAUCAGUUGUGCACAGUUGUUGAUCACACACACACACACAAGGUAAGUUAAAUGAAGUGCAAUAAUCAACAUAUCGUCGCUUAAGAAACAACACCGCCUAUGUGACAUUUUUUUCAAAAUCUGGUUUAUUGUUGCAAACGCUCCAAACGGUGUUUAGCUACACUAUGACUAUGUAGUUUCACUCAUAAACCGAUAGAAUUCGCUGUAAAUCAAUUUCUUCUAACUCCGCCAAUCAGCUGGUCAAGAAACAAUACCGCUCAACUCCUUCAGUUUGAACAUUGUGCUUAUGGAGGAUUCAGUUGCAACUCGUAACCGGCUUGAAAUAAAGCAAUCAUGUCAGACUCAGGAGACGAUGUUUCAAUUGAUGAUGUUGGACUUUCAAGUGGUGAUGAAGAACUCCUCCAAUCUAUGGGCUUCACAUCCAAGUUAAUUGGAGUAGCUCUAAAAAAUAUUCCUUAUCAGGAUUCUUCAAUGAGAGUUUCUCAAGGUGGAACAGGUGGUGCGCCUAAUAGCUCUGAUCUGGAACAUGUCUCGCAGCAUGAUGGCACUACUACACAAGAAGACCAUCGACCAUUGACCAGCAAUACUACCAAUGAAGAAGAUAUCACUCCAGAUUGUCAACUCGAUGUCAGCUCGGAUUUAAUUUCCUACAAGUCGUAUAUUUUUAGUGAUGUGAAUUUAAGCUCAUGUAGCAAUAUUGAAGAACGUACAGUUUUGGACAUAACAAAUACACAAAAAAAUAAAACAUUAUCUCCAUUUGGAAAUAGGGGAAAUAUCAAUGAAGAAUGUUCUAGUGAGGAAUCAAGCCAAUCUGAUGACCCUGAUUACUUGCCUGAAUUGGAUCUAGCAGGACAAACGGCAGAAGAGCUAAAUAUGGAUGAAGACAUAGACGAAAAUAAUGAAUGUUGUGACAAAGAGAACAAUAACAUUGUGAAAGAUAAUAAAGAAGAAGAUAAUCAUGAGAAAGAGCAGCCAAAGAAAUUGAGAAAGAAAGAUAAUAAACAGAAUUGGAAAAAAAACGUUGCCUAUGAUAAAAGACAGAAAGGAGAAGCCUACAUAGGGUAUAGAAGAUGUAAUCCUGGAAAAGUAGCACAUGAUAUUGAAAGGGAAGCUAAGGUUUUAGGUCCUAGAUGCCAAUCCGUAGCAUGUAUCAAGUCAAAGUUGAGAGCAUGCAACACUAUCACCGAAGAUGAGAGACUAAAGAUUUUCAAUGGUUUUUGGAAGAAAAUGUCGUGGGACCAAAGAAAAGUGUAUGUUGUUAGUUUGUUAGAAAAAGUUGAUGUUUCUCGUAGAAGAAGCCAAUCUGAGAAUUCCAGAUGGAGUGAAACACUCAAAAUAUUUCCUGGUUAUAAAUGAAAUUCGAGUACAAGUGUGUCAGAAAACUUUUUUGAAUACACUUGGGAUUAAAAAGUGGUUCAUUCGCUAUUGGUUCAAAGGAGAAGGACAUUCGACUGCUAACGGUACUAUCCAGGUUGAUAACAAAAUUGUAAGCUCAUCACAAAACUCACGUUCAUCAAAAAAAGGGGUGCCAAAAAAAAUUGAAGAUAUAAAUUUUUUAAUACAAUAUUUGAAAUCGUUACCUACUGUGCCCUCCCAUUAUUGUAGGUCAAGCACGACAAAACUGUACAUAGAACCAACCUUCGAUUCCAUGACAGAGCUGUAUGAAUCUUAUGCUGAAGUUUGUAAAAACAAAGAGAAAACUAUUUUGAGUCGGUUUACUUUUGAUAAGAUUUUCAAUAAAGAGAAUCUGUCAUUAUUCCAACCGAAGAAAGAUGUAUGUGAUAUCUGCAAUAGUUUUAAAGUGAAAAGCGGUAUGAUAUCAGAAGAGGAUUAUAGACAACACUUGAAAAACAAAGAUAAAGCUCAAGCAGAAAAAGAAAAUGAUAAGAGAAGAGGAAAGGCCAACGAAAUUCAUGUAUUCACACAAGACACACAAGCAGUAAAAUUGGCGCCUUGUGUGAAUGCCUCUGCAAUGUACUACAAAACGAAAUUGUGUGUACAUAAUUUCACAAUGUACAACAAUGCAACAAAGGACGCAGUAACCUAUUGGUGGGAUGAGACCCAAAGUGAAUUGAGCGCAUCCUCUUUUGCCUCCUGCGUGAUUCACAACCUGAAACAGAUCCUCAGCACAGAAUUAAAACCAAUAGUUCUUUGGUCUGACGGCUGUUGUUACCAAAACAGAAGUAGUGUGAUAUCCAAUGCUUUAUUACACUUAGCCAGAGAGAAAGGAGUCGAAAUUGAACAGAAGUUCCUGGUCAAGGGGCAUACUAUGAUGGAGUGUGACAGUGUCCACUCCACCAUUGAUACCAUUUUGAACCCAAAAAGAGGGACGAGGAACAAAAAAACAGUGAGAGAAAUAUACCUGCCAAGUCAGUACUCUCAAUUGGCAAAGGAGGCGAGGAAAACUCCCUUUCCUUACAGGUCAGAAUGCUUGGACUUCAAAUUUUUUAAAAAUUAUGCAAACAAGGAGACUAUGGUGUAUGAAUCAAUUCGCCCUGGAAAGAGACUAGGAGAUCCAAAAGUAACUGAUAUCAGGGCUUUGAAACACAAGCCUGAUGGUACUAUUGAGUACAAAAUUAAUUUUGAUGAGGAGUAUGCCCCCUUGCCCGUCAGACCUAAACAGAUCCGUGCUAUUGUUGAAUUCCCUCAUUUGAACAAUGAAAGAAUAAAAAUAAAAAAAACAAAAUGGGACCACCUACAAGAGCUCAAGGCUCACAUUCCUGUAGACUGCCACAAUUACUACGACAACAUUCCAUAUGAGGCAUAAUAAAGAUUCCCCCAGCAAGAGAAAGGGCAGAGUGAAGAAAAUUUUUUAUAACACUGAUAGACUCUUUUGUUCUUAUUAUUUUUUCUAAAUUAAUAACUUUUGAAUUUUAUUCGAUCACCUACUAUAAUUAUCCAUAUUUCAAGAUUUGAUUUAUGCACAUUAAUACUUUACAUCUACCCUAUCUUUAAUUCAUACUUUACAUUAUCUUUAUCAUUCAGUUUUUUAUAUUUCAAGCACUAUAAUAAACGAUUGAAACUGC